GCCAUGAUGGCUACCUACUGUCGGUGAGCAUAACUUCGGCUCGCAUGGCACUUCAUAUUCGAUCAAUUGUGUUUUGGUCAGGAAGCUACAUUCUCAGCUUCGUCAUUCCACACUUGCAGAUGUUCUCAUUGUUACCAUGGUCGCCUUGUCGAGGUAAGUCUCUACGUAGGUGAAGUUCAAGGCUUGCCAUAUCACCGGACGGGUUGAUAAUCUUGACGUAUGGCAUCUCGUCAUCGCUUCAUUGUACUUCUAUUCAAUCUGCCAAUCUAUACUACACAGUCUGUUUCCUAGUACUCAUGAUCGUUUUCCAGUACAGAACAACGUCAACGUUGAUAUUGGCCGCCUUUUCAUCAUCAUGCAUGUAAUACCCCUGUAGCUGACAACAUGCAGCUGAGGGGUUCACGAUUCCACGAUAUCACAUCUUCGUCUUCGAUAUGCGUAACAAAGAAGGUCGAAUUCUCUCAAUAUGGAGGUCUCACCAAACUCGACUAUCAUUCUAGACUGCAAUGACAGCAACCUAUCCGUCGCCGCUAGCAUAACCGGCAUCCUCACGUUCGCCUAUGCCGUCCUGACAGGUACAUACUUGGUACUAUACCAACUAAGCCAAGAUGCACGCCAGUCAGCCGUGGAAAUGCGAGAAGCCAAACAACGCUUCGGAGUGCACGUCGCCACGAUCGAGAAAGUCCAGCAGACAAUAUCGAAAUGUCUAGAACAGGACGUGACAGGCCCCCGAGGCAGAGAUUUAGAUACUGCAGUCGGUCUUGUCCAAUCUGCUAUGGCAUCCAUGUUCGCCUUCAACAGCCUUUUCGAUCGACUGAUGGUGCCGGGCUUGGACAUACAUCGCCGGACGCGAUUCAAGAGUCUGCUGCGAUAUCUGUGGUUCAAGGAGACGCUUAUCACGAGACUCGGCAAAGCAGAGAGGGAUAUCGAGAUCGCGAGGAGCUAUGUCAAUGACAACAUACAGAUCGUCACCGAAGCUCAACUUGCAGACAUGUCCAUCAUGGAUCAAGUGUUGUAUGUGCGUACUCGAACAGAUCAUAUGUCAGAUAUGAUCGAGGCCUUGCACGAACAAGUAACAGGCCUAUCCCAAUCCCUGAGGUUCGAUCGAAGUCGUCGGAGAUCAAUGUAGGGACAAGCGACUUUCGUUGCGAGCACAUCGAGCAGUGACAAAUUUGUAAACUGACCAAAACAUGUUACGUGGUCACAUGAAGCCCGACUUGGAAAAUCCCAUCGGACGUAUUGCGUGCGCGCUAUAUCGCUGAGCUAUUAGUCGUUGAUACAGUCCAAGAACUGUACGCUUUUCAACUCUAUUACACUUCUUCGCUAUUCAUCAUUUCAGAGGUAGAUGGACGAUAGAGACGGAGAUUUUGAGCACGAGGAGGAGUUUACAUAGAUGUAUAGAUCUUAGCCAGGGCCAGCAGUUUCAUCACAGAGUAGCAAAUCACAACGUAGUGAGUUGGUUAGGCACAGCUCUCAUUUGGGCAGGAGAGACACAUAGUGA